CUACCAUAGCUUAUCAAUUCUCCUUUCCGGAUUAUUGAAUUUCGACUUUCUUUCGUUCCUCCUCCUCGAAUCCCUUACGAUCUCAAAGAAGGCAAAACAAGAAAUGGCCGAUUCAGACGAAGAGUACAUUGGAGAUGUCACAGAAGACGAAGGCUUGCAAGGAUCGCAAAGUGCUGCCGCCUCUCGUGCAAAGCGGAGAAAGCAGCGCGGGGGUGCAGAAUGGGAAGUCUCUAGAACUUGGGAGACAUUAGUGGAGGGGGCAGAUGGUACAAUCAGUUCUACCGUCGAAGGGUUACUGGAGGCUGGUAAAAGAAAGAGGCUACUCCGAGAUACGACUCCUUUACAACGUGGUAUCAUUCGACAUAUUAUUCUGGUUCUGGAUCUGUCACAAUCUAUGGCAGAGAAAGACCUACGACCGACACGAUACCUUCUAACGAUUCGAUAUGCGCAAGAAUUUGUGAGAGAAUUCUUUGAACAGAACCCCAUCUCCCAGCUCGGUUUGCUCGGUUUGAGGGAUGGGCUUGCGGUCAGAAUAAGUGAUAUGAGCGGUAAUCCAACGGAGCACAUAAAUGCGAUCCAAGCCUUGAGGACGCAAGACCCAAAAGGUCUACCCAGUUUGCAGAAUGGGCUGGAGAUGGCUCGGGGCUCCCUUUUCCAUACUCCAAGCCACGGUACACGCGAAAUCCUGAUCAUAUUCGGCUCUCUUCUUUCCUCAGAUCCCGGUGACAUUCAUCAAAUGAUAUCUACUCUUGUUAAUGACAGAAUCCGAGUCGGAAUCAUUGGUCUUGCUGCUCAGGUGGCCAUUUGCCGUGAACUCUGUGCAAAAACCAAUGGCGGCGAUGAUACUACGUACGGCGUGGCUCUCAACGAGCAGCAUUUUCGUGAAUUAGUAAUGGACGUGACUACUCCACCAGCUGCAUAUUCUCAGAAACAGUCCGCAAGUUCCCUUUUGAUGAUGGGUUUCCCAUCUCGCACUGUCGAGGCGAGCCCUUCACUUUGCGCAUGUCAUUCUAAGCCCUCCUGCGGAGGGUACCUUUGCUCACGAUGCAGUAGCAAAGUUUGUGGUCUCCCUGCUGAAUGUCCAGCAUGUGGCCUUACCUUAAUCCUUUCAACCCACCUUGCUCGAUCUUAUCAUCACUUAUUUCCUUUAAAGAACUGGGUGGAGGUACCAUGGCAACGUGCGCCCAAGAGCUCUGCAUGCUUUGCGUGUGGCAUAACUUUCCCAUCAGUGCCAUCUGAAGAUCAAUGGCCGGUUACUGAGAAUAAUGCAAAAGGGAUGAGUGUAAGCAGUCGCUAUGAAUGCACUGUAUGCAUGAAUCACUUUUGCAUUGACUGUGACCUUUUUGCUCAUGAGAUCGUACAUAAUUGUCCUGGUUGUCAAAGCAAGCAGAUUCCAGGAAAGGUCGAAGAUCCUUCUUCCAGUCACCUUGCGGAUAUGGAUACAAUGGACACGACAGGAUAAUGCUUUAUUUUUUUUUUUUAUUUUUAUUUUUUUUCCUUUUCUUUUCUCACUCUCUCGAGUUAAUCCAAUGCAUGGACGGCGUUAUAUUGCAUACCACAUCAGAAUUCCCAUAGAUUCACUAUGUAAGUCUAAUAUCUCAGGAAAGUGCUAGAUUUACAUAUGCCCGAGAAGUACAUACGUCAUUCAAUCCGCGGACCUCGGCCCAAUCCGUAUCUUACC